UAAUAAUAUACAUACACGCAUUGUUUGUUGCAGAAAGAGCCAAAAGCAACUAAAAGCUUCUCCCUUUCUUUGCUAAUUAGCUUGUGAUGCAGAGAAACAAGCAGACCCAGAAGAAGAACGGUGCUUGAAUCUGGUGGUUGGUUCGAAAAUCCUUUAUGGAUUCGAAAAGGCUUUCUGGGUUUGUUUUUGUUUCAGUUUUUGUUCUACUUCUACUUUGCAAUACUUGUUCUGUGAGAGCUGGGGAUAUAGUUCACGAUGAUGAAAAUGCUCCUAAGAAGCCCGGUUGUGAAAACGACUUCGUUUUGGUGAAAGUUCAAACUUGGGUUAAUGGCGUGGAGGAUCGUGAAUUUGUUGGUGUUGGUGCCAGAUUUGGCACUACUAUUGUAUCAAAGGAAAAAAAUGCAAAUCAAAUUCGCCUAACCCUUUCUGACCCUCGGGAUUGUUGCAGUACACCAAAGAAUAAGCUUGCUGGAGAUGUCAUCAUGGUGGACCGGGGAAAGUGCAAAUUCACAACUAAGGCAAAUAUUGCACAAGCUGCUGGAGCUUCAGCUGUCCUAAUCAUAAAUAACCAGAAAGAACUUUACAAGAUGGUUUGUGAGCCAGAUGAAACAGAUCUAGAUAUUCAUAUACCAGCAGUCAUGCUACCACAGGAUGCUGGUGCUAGCUUGCAGAAAAUGCUAAUGAAUACUUCUUCAGUGUCUGUGCAACUGUACUCUCCACGGCGUCCUAUAGUCGACAUUGCGGAAGUGUUUUUGUGGCUGAUGGCAGUUGGUACAAUCUUGUGUGCAUCUUAUUGGUCUGCAUGGACUGCCAGAGAAGCAGCUAUUGAACACGACAAGAUAUUAAAGGAUGCUGCCGAUGAAAUUCCCAGUACCAAAUACAGUGGUUCAGGUGGUGUAGUAGACAUCAGCACAACAUCAGCAGUCCUGUUUGUUGUUAUUGCUUCAUGUUUUUUAAUCGUACUUUACAAACUCAUGUCAUACUGGUUCGUUGAGCUUUUGGUGGUUCUUUUCUGCAUUGGUGGUGUAGAGGGUUUGCAAACUUGCUUGGUUGCUUUAUUGUCUAGGUGGUUCAAACACGCUGCUGAAUCAUAUGUUAAAGUGCCUAUCUUAGGAGUAAUCUCGUACCUAACUUUGGCUGUCACUCCAUUCUGCAUAGUAUUUGCUGUUCUUUGGGCAGUUUAUCGCAAUGUUUCCUUUGCCUGGAUAGGUCAAGACAUCCUUGGAAUUGCAUUGAUAAUCACAGUUCUUCAAAUAGUCCGCAUACCCAAUCUCAAGGUUGGUACAAUCCUUCUCAGUUGUGCCUUCUUGUACGACAUCUUCUGGGUGUUUGUUUCCAAAAAGUUGUUCCAUGAAAGUGUGAUGAUUGUGGUAGCUCGUGGUGACAAGAGUGGAGAGGAUGGUAUUCCAAUGCUACUGAAAAUCCCACGCAUGUUUGAUCCAUGGGGUGGUUACAGCAUCAUUGGAUUUGGUGACAUCCUACUACCUGGACUUCUUGUAGCAUUUUCACUCAGGUAUGAUUGGCUCGCAAAUAAGAGUCUCCGAGCUGGAUACUUCUUGUGGGCAAUGUUAGCUUACGGAUUAGGUCUUCUCAUUACAUAUGUGGCAUUGAACUUGAUGGAUGGACAUGGCCAGCCAGCACUGCUUUACAUUGUCCCGUUCACACUUGGGACUUUUCUAGCAUUAGGGAGGAAGAGAAGAGACUUAAGGAUUUUGUGGAGCAAGGGAGAACCAGAUAGGCCGUGUCCUCAUAUCCAACUCCAGCACGCUCAAGAAUCCGAUCAAGAUAAAUAGGAUAUAACCUUGUAAAAAUAUUACAGGCUUGUAUGUUUUAGGAAUCUGGUUAAGCGGUUUGCAACAUAUGUGUAAUAUGUUCUAGUGUGGUAAGCAAGCUCUCAUUACCCUUUGAAUUGAGCAGGACUUAGUAUAAAUAGUGCAUCUUCAUUUUCUUCA